GCCCAGUAACAGAGAUACCCCAGAGAGAUGUCCCCGUCCUCUGUAUUCCCAGGAUUGUACAGAGGAGAAUCACAGGAUCCCACAGGAGGAUCAGGUAGAACGUCUUUCUCGUAUAAAGGCAGAAGAUAUAAGGAGAGAAGAAGAGACACAUGUGACUGAUCUAAAGGCAGAAGAUAUAGAUGGAGAAGAAGAGACGUAUGUGACUGAUAUGAAGGCAAAAGAUACAGCGGAAGAAGAAAAGAUGUAUGUGACUGAUAUGAAGGCAGAAGAUAUAGAGGAAGAAGACGAGACGUAUGUGAUUGAUAUAAAGGCAGAAGAUAUAGAGGGAGAAGAAAAUACGUAUGCGACUGAUAUGAUGACAGAAGAUACAGAGGGAGAAGAAGAGACGUAUGUGAGGGGUGAUCAGCAGUGUAAGGAGGAGGAGAUCCCUACAGAUAUCAGCACAGGAGAUGGACACACAAGCAGGAAUAUCUCAGAAGGACAUCUAAUGUUAUCCCUGGAUUCUGAAAUAACAGAUGACAGUAGACAGGAUUCUCCAGGAGAUAACCCCAUUACCCCAAUUAUACAUCCAGCUCUAUCAGCUGAUCCCCCUGAUCCUGGGGAAUGUUCUCCUGAUCACUCUGAUAUUGGUGCAUCUGUUAUAGCUCUGAGAGUAGAUUCAGUGUUUCCCUGUUCUGUAGAUGCCAAAUGUUUUACACAAAACACAAACCUUAUUACUCAUCAGCCAGCUAAGGCAGGUGACAGGCCAUUUCCAUGUUCUGAGUGUGGGAAAUGUUUUACAUCUAAAUCAUAUCUUGUUAGACAUGAGAGAAGUCACACAGGUGAGAAGCCGUAUUCCUGUUCUGAGUGUGGGAAAUGUUUUACAUAUAAAUCAGAUCUUGUUAUACAUCAGAGAAGUCACACAGGUGAGAAGCCAUAUUCCUGUUCUGAGUGUGGGAAAUGUUUUGCAUGUAAAUCAGUUCUUGUUAGUCAUCAGAGAAGUCACACAGGUGAGAAGCCAUAUUCCUGUUCUGAGUGUAGGAAAUGUUUUGCACGGAAACCAGCUCUUGUUAUACAUCAGAGAAGUCACACAGGUGAGAAGCCAUAUUCCUGUUCUGAGUGUGGGAAAUGUUUUGCACACAAAUCACAUUUUGUUAUACAUCAGAGAAGUCACACAGGUGAGAUGCCGUAUUCCUGUUCUGAGUGUGGGAAAUGUUAUUCAUCGAAACCAGAUCUUGUUAUACAUCAGAGAAGUCACACAGGUGAGAAGCCAUAUUCCUGUUCUGAGUGUGGGAAAUGUUUUGCAUGGAAAUCACAUCUUGUUAUACAUCAGAGAAGUCACACAGGUGAGAAGCCGUAUUCCUGUUCUGAGUGUGGGAAAUGUUUUGCACACAAAUCACAUUUAGUUAUACAUCAGCGAAGUCACACAGGUGAGAAGCCAUAUUCCUGUUCUGAGUGUGGGAAAUGUUUUUCAUCGACAUCACAUCUUGUUAUACAUCAGAGAAAUCACACAGGUGAGAUGCCAUUUUCCUGUUCUGAGUGUGGGAAAUGUUUUGCACGCAAAUCACAUUUUGUUAUACAUCAGAGAAGUCACACCGGUGAGAAACCGUGUUCCUGUUCUGAGUGUGGGAAAUGUUUUUCAUCGACAUCACAUCUUGUUAGACAUCAGAGGAGUCACACAGGUGAGAAGCCAUUUUCCUGUUCUGAUUGUGGGAAAUGUUUUUCAUCGACAUCACAUCUUGUUAGACAUCAGAGAAGUCACACAGGUGAGAUGCCAUAUUCCUGUUCUGAGUGUGGGAAAUGUUUUGCACGGAAAUCAGUUCUUGUUAAACAUCAGCGAUUUCACAGAUGAGAGGCCAUUUUCAUGCUGUGAGAGAAAUAAAUCUGCUCUUGUUGAACAUAUUAGACAUUACCCAAGUACGGAACCAUUUACAUCUUCUGGAGUAUAAUUAUCACUGUCGUCCAAUGUUCCUCAAGGGUGAAUCCGAUCUCUUAUGCUUUAUAAAAUAUACAUGCUACCACUGGGUGAUAUAAUCAGACGUCAUGGCCUGGUCUACCACUGCUAUGCAGAUGACCUGCUUUUUGCACCAUGUACUGAGAACCUAAUACCAAUCCUAAAUGGUUGUCUAGCUGAGCGCCAGGGGUGGAUGAUGCCAGUUGGCUGUGACUCAGUCUUUGUGAAACAUAAUAGAAGCUCCCGAAUAAAGGACAAGCUUUACCAACCAUCUGGAUUUAUGCUUUGGUGUUCAGAAUUGCAAAAUACUGAACAUGUGCUGAAUCUUUGUGUUGUCCUGGUAUGUGGCUGACACAGACAUCAGGUAUACGCCACAUACAAAUCCUCGUUCUUUCAUCUGUGGACCAUAGCCAGAAUCAAGCACUUGAUUCCCUCAGAAGUUCAUAGACUACUGCAAUGCCAUCUACCUGGGUCACCCAGCAAAAGAAUUACAGAGCUUGCAGCUAGUACAGAAUGCAGCAGCCAAGCUGUUACCUAACCAGCUAAUUCCUGCCACAUAACACCCAUUCUCUACUCCCUUCACCGGCUGCCUGUAAGAUGACAAAUCUAUUUCAUAAUUGGCUAACUGACCUUCCCAGCCCAACAUUACACGGUCCAAGGUACUAGAAGCAGCUUCUGCCUCCUUACUGCCCUGCUUGCUUGCUUGCUUGCUUCUACAGAUGGACUGUUACCAGCAGUACCAAGAAUCUCCUGUCAUUCAUUUAUGGGUUGAACGUUUAGCUUUGACCAUGGAACUCACUGCCUUGCACAGUCCAAGAGGCCUCCACUCUAGAGACCUUCACAAGCAGACUGAUGACUGUUACUCACGCUUUUCAUUAAUGUAUCUCUAUUUACUUCCUAAAUAAUACAUCCCAAAGGCUUAGGUCUUUUUUCUGCUGUUUAUUUUGUAUCUUGUGCUUUGUGUAAAUGUGAAUGUCUAAUACCAGUUUCCACAAUCUGUAUUGCUGCACGACAAUAUGGCGGCCAUUGGAACGUGUUUUCACUUCUAGUUUGCCUAACUUGUUGCAGACACUCAUCUUGAUCAGAAGUGCUGAGUGUUUUCUGAUACAAGAUCCUGUCCAUAUAUACCCUGUACAUUACCAUGUGCAUUAGAGUCACCCGGGUUCCAUCUGCGGUGGUUUGUUGUAUGUUACAUCUAUAUGGUGCGGAU